CCAGAGGACGCACUAUUUUCCACUCGCGGGUCAUAAAGGCAAAACCAUAUAGGAUUCCCCGACAAAGAAAAAAGAUCACACGCUCCUCAACUUUGAACGUUGACAAGACUCCACCCACGCCGGCGGUGAUCGUUGAACCGGAAAGAUGUCAUCGGAGAGUACUACAACCACCCGCUCCUCCCAGCCGGACGCCGCGGAGUUGAACCUGAAGGAUACAGAACUCACCCUCGGCCUUCCCGGCGCCAAUAAUAAUACCACCAGCUCUAAACGUGCCUUCUCAGAAACCAACAUCUUUGGCUCAACCUCGUCCUCAACUAGUACCCCACCACCUAAGACACAGGCGGUGGGGUGGCCGCCGGUGAGGGCGAGUAGGAAGAACGUGUUGAAGAGCUGCAAAUUUGUGAAGGUGGCGGUGGACGGAGCUCCAUAUCUGAGGAAGGUAGAUCUUGAGAAGUAUGAGAGCUAUGAUCAGCUGCUCACGAGUUUGGAGGCCAUGUUUGGUUCCUUGACAAUUCGCAAUCAUUUGAAUGAGAGGAAGAUGAUGGACCUGGGAAAUGGGGCAGAGUACGUGCCUACGUAUGAGGACAGAGAUGGCGACUGGAUGCUUGUGGGAGAUGUACCUUGGAAGAUGUUUGUUGAAUCCUGCAAAAGAAUCAGGUUGAUGAUAAAGUCAGAAGCUACUGGCUUAGUGCAGAAAUUGGGAGAAGAGGGUUGAAGUUGGAAGAGAAAAAGUGUAGUAAUUAAUUAAUAAAGUGUUUGGCGUUUUGGAGAGUCGGUAGCUGUACAGAAGUGCUCUUGAUAAGAGACCAGUCAAGAGAAGAAGAGAAUAGCUAAUAAGAGAAGGUUUAGCUGUAAUUUACGACGAUGCCCUUCCCCCAGUUUUGUAGGUGUUACUUGUUAGGCAAGUUUUCUACGAGGAUGUUGGAUCAGGCCAUAAUGUAACAGCUCAUGCUUGACAUCUCAUUUAUGUAAUCAAUAGACCUUAUUAAUUUCUUUUAUUUUCUGAGAAUACUAUACAUCAGUGAGAUCGACUUUGCUCCAA